UUACAGCGUUUGAAACGGAAAGGCUGUUUGGGCGCAGCGACCAAAGGAUCGUGACUUUUAUUUGUUUAUCUGAUGUUUUUUCUUUUAAAUGUAAUUUUUUGGUCGGGCGUGGUGUAAAUAGAAAGAUAUAUAAUAAUCGAAAAAAUAUUGCAAAAACACAACAUUGAUUUCAAAUCAAAACGACGAAAGAGAAUUGUAUGUGAUCGAAAUACGAGCGAUUUAAUUUAUUUUCAUGUGAAAUUAAAAACAAAACAACAACAAAAAAAUUUUGAAAAGUAAAGAAACAUAAAAAUUGUUUGAUGCGAUUUCGGAAUUUUGUAUAUUUGUCGAUUUGCGUGCGCGAAUAUUAUAUAUAUGUAUUUAAAAAAAAAUUGAGUAUUGAUUAUUGAGAAAGAGAGUGAGUGAAUUUUACAACGAGUGAAACGGCAAUCAACUAUUCCAAUAUAAAUCAAGUGGUCCGAGUCUGACUACCCAGUUCAUAAUAGUAUAAAUACACAGAACCAACAACAGAUAUUACGUACAACAACAGCAAACGCCAGAAAUAAGACAACCUAAUCGAAACGAAAGUAGUGGAAUAAUAAAAUCUAAAGGAAUCAUAGCGCGUGAAAGAUGUUUGUCGAAGGGGCGAAUGGCGUUCGUCCGAUCGGUGACGGCCUAUUAGAAGUGUCUGAUGCAAGCUUAAGUAAAUUGAUUGCAAGCGGUGAUAUCAAUGAAAUUUACGAUGUGGAACACACACCAUUUGCAAGGGGCAAAUUUGCAACCGUUCGACGUGCGAUACAUAAACAGACCGGUGUUAGUUUUGCAGCGAAAUUUCUAAGGCGCAGGCGCCGUGCACAAUGCACAUUGAAAGAGAUUCGACACGAAAUUGCGAUAUUGUUAUUGUGCUCAGAUUCGGAGCACAUUGUCAAAUUGCAUUCGGUACAUGAGACAAUGGUUGAGACAGCGCUAGUAUUAGAAAUGGCAAACGGCGGUGAAUUACAAAGUUUACUCGACGAGGCCGGUUCGUUGAGCGAACACCAAACCAUCAUUUGCAUGCAAGAAGUCUUAAAAGCAUUACAAUUUUUACACAAAAAAUGUAUCGCUCACUUGGAUUUGAAACCGCAAAAUAUUCUGUUAUGUGGCAAGCGAGUUGAAGAUGGCCUCAAAUUAUGCGAUUUCGGCAUAUCGAGAAUCGUCGAAGAAACCGGUAGUAAAGUUCGAGAGAUAUUAGGAACACCAGAUUACGUAGCGCCAGAGGUACUUUCAUAUGAGCCUUUAUCUCUUAAAACUGAUAUCUGGUCGGUUGGAGUGCUUGCCUAUGUGCUUCUUAGCGGAUUUAGCCCAUUCGGUGGUGAUACAAAGCAAGAAACAUUUUUGAACAUAUCACAAUGUAAUCUUAACUUUCCGGAUGGACUGUUCGAAGACGUUUCAGAGGAUGCAAAAGAUUUCAUUAAGAGCGCUUUGCAAGUCGCCGCUGAGGAUCGGAUGUCGGCUGUUGAGUGCCUUGAACACAAAUGGUUAAGUGAAUCAAGUCAACCGUUAAAGGCGUCGAUAAUAAAAGACAGUACAACAACGAAAACAAAUGUUAUAUCAACGAACGAUAUUAUACCGGAAAAUCAUCACGUCGUUAUCGAAGCGAAAAAAUUGCAACAGAUCGAUAGUGUUGGAACAUCACCGACACCAUCACUACCGUCGCCGCCAAAAGCAAGCGCUGGAUUUUUUCUACAUCAAACUCCAAAAAAUGGAACAGCAUUGUUAGACGAAGUGCUGUUCAGUAGUUUAAACAAUGGUUUCAAUACAACUGCAAACAAUACAAAUGCUUCCAAAACAUUGAACGGCAUCGAUCACCAUCAUAACCAUCAUAAUCAUCAUCAUCAACAACAGUAUCAUGCGCAUCAUCAUAACAAUCAUUCGAUGGAAUGCGCAAAACAAAAUACCACAUUGAACAAUAAUAAUAAUAAUAACAAUAAUAGCUGUAAUAAUAUCAACAAUCCAAAUGACAAAAGCGAUUUGCUCAAAGACUAUGCGACAAACAAAGAGAACAUUAACCUAAGUAAAAUUCUAGCAAACCGAAUUGCACCGCAAUCGACAGCAUCGACGGUCAACAAUCUUCAAUUAAUCAGUAAUUUAACAACGUUGCACAACAAUAACAGUAAUAACAGUUCGAACAAUGGUACAGUGACGAUGACAACAUAUGCCGAUGAAUCAUCAUCAUCAUCAACAUCCACAGCCGCCACAACAACGACCAAUAACAUAUCAUCCGUGUUAACAACAGUACAACAAUCAACCGCCAAUGCCGCCAGUGUCGCUGCAAAUAACACCAACACCACCGCCACCACAUCAGCCGCUCAAACAAAACAUGAAACGGUUUUAUUUCCCGAUGCACCAACAACGCCCAAAGUCCUAAGAAAAUCAAAUCAAUCUGAUGCCGAUCAUCAUACGCCGUCGUGUGUUGCGCUUGUCAAACAAUUUCAAUUGAACAAUGGCACUCUAUCGAAUAAUCAACGUAUCGAUUUUGAUGAGAUUGUGUCAUCGGAUAAUGUUGGACUGGUGUCAAGCACACAAUAUCACACAACACAAUCAACGCCACCAAAUCGCAGUAAAUUUGCCAAUCUAACGACAGACCAUAAUCGUGAAAUUCUACCAUCGUAUCGAUUAUCAGCGACAGCAAUCACAACAACCACAACGAAUACCACAAACGGACAUCAUUCACUUGGUUCGUCAACAUUGAGCAUUAACACAUUGACCGAGUCAUCUGUGGGUGUUGUUACACAACAGCACAGCAACAGUACAAUAACAAUGAAUUGUUUGUGUGGUGCUGACAAGACUGUAAAUUGUUGCUGUAACAGCAGCAGCCGAGCGGCAUUAAAUUAUCGCAAAAAAUCAUUGGCUGUUGUCGAUAGUUCGAUACUCUGCUAGCUACGACUGAUGGUGCAGAAAUACAUUUACCAAUGUUUUAGCUGCACCUGUCAUCAAUGACAAUCAACUAAAUCAACUAGUGUAUAAAUUUAUCUAUAGUAGAAUUGAGAAUGAGAUGUUAUAGUUUCGGUAACGAAAACAAAACAAAACGAAUUGAAAUAAGUAAGUAUCCAAACCGGAAAAACAAAAACAAAAUGUGUGCGUGCGCGACAAUAAUUUGACAACAAAACACAAAAAAAAACGAUCGCAUUGUCGAAACGCACAUAUAGAUACAUAUUUAUAUAUAUAUAUAUUUCAAUUGCGUAGUUUAUCGUCUCUUGUAAUAGCCUAAUUGUUAUUUAAAUGAUGAACAAAAAAAAAGUUGAAGAUAACGUAGAAACGUAGUAGAUAUCAUCGAACAAAAAAAAAAUGUUGUUGAGAAGACAAAAAACGGAUAUAUAGAAGCAUAUUGCAAAUCGUCUCUAAAUUAUUGAAAAUAUAUAAAUACGACAAAAAAAAUAGAAGAACGUUACAAACACAUUGA